AUGUCCAGGGAUAUAAGAUCAUUUUUUAAGGUCAAGAAACCUGAUGAUGGAGACAGUGACAUUAUACCAGAAUCACCUCAAGUACAAAUUAAAAAUAAGGCUAAACGGUCUCGCCGAAAGAGAGCAUUAUCUGAUGAUUCUGAUGAAUCUUCGCCAAAAGAAAAAGUGCAAAAGAAAAGCUGUGAAAAGGGUUUGAACAUAAAAAAGGAUAAAUCAUUAAAAACCACACUUAAAGAAGUCAAAACAGCUGAUCUUUUUGGUAAUGGAAUGAUAAAAAGGUCAGAGCCUUUGGUAAAAAAAACUAAAGCCACUGAAAUUGGAAUUCAUUCCGAUAAUGAAUUCGAAAUGAGUCUUUUAGAGUUAGAUGAAAUUGAGGAGCAAAACAGUGUAAAUUGUUCUACCAAAAAGGAAAUGGCUAAUGUAUCUGUAACUGACAAAGUUGUUACAAAGGAAAUCCAGAAAAACAAUUCACCAUCAAAGUCAAAUACUCAUUCUGUAAGCAGCAAAGAAGAGCAUUUAUUACCUAAAAAUGAGAAAACUAAUGUAACAAAUUCAAAAGAUGCAAAGGAGAAAAAUGCAAUAAAUGGUUCUUGUCUUGACAUUAAGACAGAAAACAAUGAUAUUAAGGAAGAUGCUAAAAAAACAGAUUUUAGUGAAUUUAUUGAAAACCAAAAUAGCACUGGUCCUAAAGAAAAUACACCAAAAAGUAAAAAACGAAAAUUAGACAAAAGCUUAAAUGAAUCGGUUCUAACAGAUGAGGAAAAAUAUGAGAGAAGAUCAAUGUCUGCUGCAUUGUAUAAGAAUUAUCUGAACAGAUCAGGUCCUAAGCAUUUGGGAGCUAAAAAGCUACCUCAGGGUUCACCUGAUUGUUUAAAAGAUUGUGCAUUUGUCUUAACUGGAGUAUUAGACUCCUUUGAAAAAGAAGAAAUAUCUAAUGCUAUUACGAAUUUCGGUGGUUGUGUGAAGAGUUCUGUUACUAAAAAGGUUACACAUCUCCUCACAGGAGAGGAUGCGGGGCCAGCAAAGAUGGCUAAAGCACAAGAAUUAGGAAUAAAGAUUAUCAAUGAAGAUGAGUUCCUACAAAUGAUUAUAGAUUUAUCUAACAAUACGCAGAAAUCGAAAGUAAAUGAGGUGUCAGAACCACCUAAGAAACAUUCAAAGAAAAAUUAUACAAAAUCGCCAACAGAUAGAAAGAAGUCACCAAAAGCUAAAUCAUCAAAAGUUAAUAAUCAAGCUGAAUGUAAAAAAGAUGGUUACUCGAAACAAAUAGAUUUAUCAAAAAGUGUUAUCAAAACAGAAAAUACGAUUGAUUCUAAACUUGAAUCGAAAUCAAAUUUAGACAAAAAAGCUAGCACCGAGAAUAAUAAAUCAGAAGUUCAACAAGAAAUAAAAAAAGAAGUUACUGUUAAUGAUAAAGCAGUGGAAGAUGAAGUAGCAGAUAAACUGGUGAAGCCAGAAAUCUGUAGUGGUGUACCUAAAGCACAGACACCGAGUUCGAUGCUAUGGGUGGACAAAUAUAAACCGCAAAAUGUUAAACAGAUUAUUGGCCAACAUGGAGCAGCCAGUAAUGUGAAAAAGUUGUCAGAUUGGCUGACGAAGUGGUAUGCAAACAGGAAAGCUAAGCUUCCGAAGCCAAAUCCCUGGGCGAAAAAUGACGACGGAGGCUAUUACAAAGCGGCUUUAUUAUCUGGUCCUCCUGGGGUUGGUAAGACGACAACUGUAGCGCUAGUAUGCAAAGAAUUGGGUUUCGACGUCGUGGAAUUUAAUGCUUCCGAUACCAGAAACAAAGCAUUGAUAAAGGAGCAAAUCGGAGAAUUACUUACAACCACUUCAUUGUCUGCCUACGCCAGAGGUGAUACAGGCAAACAAGCGGUGACAAAGAAACACGUCUUAGUAAUGGAUGAAGUUGACGGGAUGGCCGGCAACGAGGACAGAGGUGGUCUGCAAGAAUUAAUUGGUCUGAUAAAAUCUACCUCGGUGCCAAUCAUCUGCAUGUGCAACGACAGGAACAGCCAGAAAAUGCGCUCUCUGGUCAACUACUGCUAUGACUUACGCUUCAGUAGGCCGAGGGUAGAUCAGAUAAAGUCGGCGAUGAUGUCAAUAUGUUUCAAAGAAGGCAUCAAGAUCCCCCCGGACGUACUGACGCAGUUGAUCACGGCCGCUGGCCAAGAUGUGCGUCAGACGCUUCACCUCAUGGCUAUUUGGGCUGCCGACCCCAAACUAGCUGACGCUGAACGUCUUAGGAAAGAGGCCAAAAAUAUCAAGAAGGAUAUAAAACUGGGUCCAUGGGAAGCAGUCCGCAAGGUGUUCAGUGCCGAAGAACACAAGAAUAUGUCUAUAAACGACAAGAGCGAUCUGUUCUUCUACGAUUACAGUCUCGCUCCACUGUUCGUGCAGGAAAAUUAUCUGCAGGUCGUGCCUCACUGCCCCAAGGACAAAGUACUAGAAAGAGUAAGCAUGGCUGCCGACAGCAUCAGCUUAGGUGAUCUGGUCGAAGCUAGGAUAAGAGGUAGUCAGUCGUGGCAUUUAUUGCCUGUUCAGGCUAUGUACAGCUCUGUAAUUCCGGGACACGCGAUGGCGGGCCACGUGGCAGGACAGAUUCAGUUCCCGGGCUGGCUCGGCAAGAACUCGCGAGCCAGCAAGAUGCAGCGCCUCGGACAGGAAAUACACGCCCAUACAAGGCUCAGUACAUCCGGCUCCAAAUCGUCGAUAUUCCUCGACUAUUGCACUCAUCUACGUGACGCCGUGGUUACUCCAAUGCUGAAAGAUAAAGCAGAUGGCAUCUUACAAUCUUUGGACGUCCUAGAGUCAUACCAUCUUCUUAGAGAGGAUUUAGAUUCCCUAAUUGAAUUAUCACUGUGGCCUGGUCAGAGGAAUCCUAUGAUAUUGAUUGAGUCUAAGGUGAAAGCAGCGAUGACGCGUGCGUACAACAAACGAGCGAGCGCACUGCCGUACGCGCCUGGCGACGUGCGGCGCGCGCGCGCGAGGUACGACGACGCGCUCGACAACGCGCUCGAUGACGCGCUCGACGGCGACGACGUCGCUACCGACGAACAACCCGACGACAGCGACCCUGAGGCCGACGCACUCAUUAAGAAAAAGAAAACGAAAGAUGAUAAACCAUCUACUAAAGAGAAGCCAAGCACAAGUAAGGAGAAAACGAAGAAGAAAUAG